AUGACGUGCGCUGACAUGCUGCAGUACCACCCCGGGCCUGUGGGGGUGGACCCUGACAUGCUGCAGUACCACCCCGGGCCUGUGGGGGUGGACCCUGACAUGCUGCAGUACCACCCCGGGCCUGUGGGGGUGGACCCUGACAUGCUGCAGUACCACCCCGGGCCUGUGGGGGUGGACUCUGACAUGCUGCAGUACCACCCCAGGCCUGUGGGGGUGGACCCUGACAUGCUGCAGUACCACCCCGGGCCUGUGGGGGUGGACCCUGACAUGCUGCAGUACCACCCCGGGCCUGUGGGGGUGGACCCUGACAUGCUGCAGUACCACCCCGGGCCUGUGGGGGUGGACCCUGACAUGCUGCAGUACCACCCCGGGCCUGUGGGGGUGGACCCUGACAUGCUGCAGUACCACCCCGGGCCUGUGGGGGUGGACCCUGACAUGCUGCAGUACCAACCCGGGCCUGUGGGGGUGGACUCUGACAUGCUGCAGUACCACCCCGGGCCUGUGGGGGUGGACCCUGACAUGCUGCAGUACCACCCCGGGCCUGUGGGGGUGGACUCUGACAUGCUGCAGUACCACCCCGGGCCUGUGGGGGUGGACCCUGACAUGCUGCAGUACCACCCCGGGCCUGUGGGGGUGGACCCGGAAUAA